AGCCGUUUAGGCUCAGCCGCAGCCAGCCACUGAGGCCUCGCACGCGCCGCCCCCUGCCAAGGAGAGAUGGGCAACAGCAACUACUGCGGCUCCCGCGAGCAUGGCCCCCCCGAGGGCGCAAUCAUCCUCGAGGCGGACCUGGCCGUGGCGACGGUGUCCACCAAGCCCAUCGAGGGGCAGAAGCCCGGGACGUCGGGCCUGCGCAAGAAGACCAAGGUUUUCAUGGGUGAGAACUACCUGGCGAACUACGUCCAGAGCGUGUUCAACACGCUGAUCGACCUGAAGGUGCCGGUCAAGGGCGGCACCCUCGUGGUCUCGGGCGACGGGCGCUACUGGAACUCGGAGGCCAUCCAGAUCAUCAUCAAGAUGGCCUUCGCCAACGGGGUCAGCCGCGUCUGGUGCGGCACCGACGGCCUCCUCUCGACCCCUGCGACGUCUGCGGUCAUCCGGUGUCGCGGGAAGGGCAACGAGCCGUUCGGCGGGUUCAUCUGCUCCGCCUCGCACAACCCGGGCGGCAUCAACGACGACUUCGGCAUACAACUGCGAGAACGGCGGCCCCUCCCCGGAGAAGAUGACGGACCUCAUGGUGGAGUGGACCGCGAAGAUCACGGAGUACCGGCUCUGCGACAAGCUCCCGACCAUCGACCUCGCCAAGCCGGCCACCUACGUGCUGGGCGACAGGAGCGUCGAGGUCUUCGACUGCGUCGAGGACCACCUGGCGCUGCUGAAGCAGUGCUUCAACUUCACCCAGAUCAAGGCGAUGGUCACCCGCUCCGACUUCAGCAUCGUCUACGACUGCAUGAGCGGCGUGCAGGGGCCCUACGCUCGGAGGACUGAUCAUCGAGACGGAGCUCUGCGCGGCUCCUGGCUCGUGCACCAACGCCAUCCCGAAGGAG